AUGGCUAAUGAGAAGAGAUUUAUAGUAUUAGUGCACUAUAGAGGGUCGAUUAAGAAAAAAACACGGUUAGGAAUUAAGUUCAUUGAUAAAAAUCCCUUUAGUCUUUUUUUGAAAUCUUCAACUAGUUUCAAUGAGUUCCUGAAUUUUAUAAUCCAAAAGUUGGGGUUGCAAGGCGUGAAAUGGGUUGAGAAAUUGUUUUACAGAAUUCCAAUAUCAAUGUUGCGGGAUGAUGUGAAGUACGAUUCGUUAAUAAUAGGUAGUGACGAAGAUUUGGAAGUUCUAUUCCAUUGUAGCCGGCAGUUCCCCGAGGUGAAGACCCCUGAGUUGUUGGCCAAACUCGUGGAUGUGGUUUCUAACUCAGACAGUUCGAACCGAAAUCCCCAAGCUGUUGCAAUGACCACCUGUUCUACUUCGAGGCCAAGUGGUGCCUCGUCAUCGAUGCCUGCGAUUGCUCCUGAGGUAAUGUUGGUUGCAUCUCCAUCAUUCGCAGCGGAUCUAAACCGCAGUGGUGACGGAGAAGUAUGUAUUGUUGAUACGGCACCGAUUUCAUUAUUUGGUUUCGCACCGGAUGAUGUAGAUGAUGUAUUGCAGAAUGAUGAUGAGGAUGACGAUGUGGAGCCAAACAUGAUUGCCGAUAAGAGUGGCAAAGAUAUAGUAGGGAGCAAUCCAGUUGGAGGUGCUAGAGGGUCUAAUUCAGGGAUGCAUUAG